AUAAACACUAACUAACAUUUGUCUGUGAAAUGUUGCUUUCCUUCAACUAAAUUAGAUUAUUUCCGCAGCCGGCACAUAUUAAUUUUUUAUAAGAAUUGUUGGAUUAAACAAUUGAGCAGGUAUUGUUUUACUCUAAUUUUCCUCCACCACUUUCACCAUUACCAACUCCUUCCGCUGCCACCACCACCACCAACUCUCAGAUCAGAGGAAUGACAACUUAUGGUGCAAUCAUUUCUCUUAAGAAUACGAUUCAGUAUAUUCUCCAUUCUUCUCAUAUUAUUAGCCUUCUUGAUCCCUCCCUACAUAUCACACAGCUUGCGUACAAGGAGUUGCAGCCCUUCCAAGAAAUUCUGGAAAAAUUGGAUAACACUAGCAAAAGCAGUAGCAGGAAGAAGGUGAAUGCUUUGGAUGGACGAAUCAAAGAGGCACUAUGGAAAUUUGAAGACUUAUUGGAAUCAAUUCACUCAGAUCUUCAAAGCCCUCUAGACCGCCUAAGAGAUGAUGUUGAUUCCUUCAUUCACACUCUCAAAGAUAUGGAGAGGGAAUACCUUUAUGAAUUACAGAAUAUGCUUGAAGACGACGACGAACCUAUUUCCUCAAUAAUUGGUUUUGGUGGAAGAAAGUCAAAGAUGAUUGGAUUAUCUUAUCAAAUUGAACAAGUCAAAAGCGAUGUUAUGCAGGAAUACAAUUGGAAGCAUGUGUAUGCUCUUGUUGGAAUGGCAGGCGUUGGAAAGACCACUCUCGCUAAGGAAAUUUUCGAAGAUCCACAAAUCUCGAGCCAUUUUGAGUGUCGUGCAUGGGUCACAGUGGGCAGAAAACCUCAACUCACUCAACUUUUACAAGGCAUUCUAGCUCAACUGUGUGGAAUUACGCAAGGGGAUGAUAUAAUAGGUGACUACUUGAAGGGUAAGAAAUGCCUCAUUGUGGUGGAUGAUGUAUGGGAGACACAUGUAUUGAAUUCCUUGAUAAGUUCCUUGCCAGACAUUGAAAAUGGAGUAAUUCUAAUCUUAGUUACUGCUCGAGAGCGAAAUGUGAUUGCAAAUAUUGUAUGUAGUGGUUUUUAUGAUGUGGUGCGGUUUUUGAAUGACGAAGAGAGUAAGGAUCUACUGUGCAAGAAGGUGUUUGGUGAAGAGAUUUGCCCUCCUCAACUUGACAAAGCCGCGACCAAAAUUGCCAAAAAUUGUGAAGGUCUUCCUCUUUUGAUAGUCACAGUUGCUCACCACCUAUCAAAAUCCCAUAACAGAGACCCGAAAUAUUGGAAUGAUGUAGCAGAAAAGCGAAAUUCAGUCUUCACGGAUGCAUAUGAUGAAAUAUCAAAGGUUUGGUUAGAUAGAAGAAUUGGAGAGGUGAGAUACCACGUUGUCCAUCCCGGUAUUUAUAAUUUCAAAGGUUGUAUUAUUGAGUUGUCACAUGAAUCAAAGAUUUCUGACUUACAUAUUUUGGAUUAUUGAUGAUAGUAAAUUGAGUGGAUUAUGUAUGAAAUGAAAAAUUGAUUGGGUUUUGUUGAAAACAUUAGUGCAUGAAAGUGUUUGUUGAUCAGUGAAAUUAUAUGCUUUGUUUCUGUGCUCUGUUGCAAUACAGGGUUCCCUAUUUGGCUGAAAUAUGUGGUCGGUCUGCACAUGACACACACACACAUUGAAUUCAUGUGGAAUUAUUUAGCUGAUGGUUUUGGUAUUUACUUGUUAACUGUGAUGUAGUCACGUUGUUUGAGUCUAUAAUCACGUCCCAGACACACACACACGGUAAAUUAUUUUUUAGUGUGUGUGAACCGAUCAUCUUUGAGCACUGAAAACAUGUAUAUUUAUGAUUUGUUUCAUAGUUUUGACUUUGUAUAACCAUCCGCUUACAAAUUAUUAUUGCAGAAUCUAUACUGGUGAUGAGGAUACUAACAAGGAAGAUGAUGCUUUGGUUGAUUAGAGAGAAGAUGAUGAAGCUAAUAUCUAAUAUAUGAUGUGGGGGAAGAGAAUAUAACUUCAACUUUUGAUUUUGGCCUUCCAUUUGGUAACUACUUGUUUAAGCAUAUUUCUUAUAUAGGGUUCCUCCUUGACCUAGAUUCGAUAAAUGUGGAACAAAGUGUGUUUAUAUAUGUUUUAUUCCAUGAUUAGAUUCAA